GCUCCCAUCACUACAACAGACCGACAGACUGAUGCCUUGACCGACCUAGGGACGUUAGUGAUCCUCAAUCUUUACGAGAUCUUUUCUUUCAAUUAUAUGGUAUUCUUAUUUCUACAUCGAGGUGAUGGACACUGAUACUGUCCGCCCGAAUCCCCCUCCGCUGCUCUCUUAUCCAAAGGCAGCCAGCUCCGGAUCGCGAUCGCCAGCUUUGCCUUCACAACCAACGCUGCUUUCGCCUCCUCAUCCGUCAUCUCACACGCAAUUGCAACGGAACGCUAGUCGUGAUGACCAGGAUGACUUAUCGAGUGAUAGAGCGACUGUCAACCUGAUCCGUCGCGUCUUAUGUCCCCAGUCAGGCAAUUAUGGAGCGUCAACUCCGCAGUCUCUAGAAGAGUUGUUGCCUCCGCUCUCCAGCUCCAAUGAGGUGGAUCGCCAGCUCUACGCUCUCGUAGCAAUUAUCAUUAAGGAAUUUGUAUACUCGUGGUACUCUAAGAUCACGACAGAUCAGGUUUUCGUACAAGAGAUCCUUCAAGUGAUUGCCCACUGUACCCGGGCACUGGAGCAGAGAUUGAGACAGGUCGACGUGCCGCAGCUGCUUCUGGAUGAGAUCCCAGCCUUGGUCGAAGCACACAUAACCUCAUAUAGGCUGGCGCAACAGCAGUCCAAGUUAUCAGGUCUUCCGUCCUCCAGACGGGCCGUAUACCAUGCGCUGAACCCACACCCAAGUUUUUCUCCAGUCCCAGAUCCCUCUGAUCCCCAGACGGUCGCUCAGCAGCAAGAGAAUGAAGCAUUGUACCGACAGCUCCUCGCCCAAGGUGUCCUAGCCGUCUUGCUCCCCACGGAAGACCUGAAAAAUGGGUGUUUAACCGCGCUAGUUGGAGACAUUUUGGCGGAUCUCAUCUUAGGAGAACAGGUCAGCCAGGCGGCAAGCGAAGGAUGGUUUUUGUGGGAGGUGACCACCAAACUGAUUGAUGUUGCGGUGAGAAAUAACGAUCAAAGAAGUAAUCAGAAGACCGCAACUACAGAGGAACUUGAACAGUCCCGCUUAGAGAAAUUCGGUCUGCUCUCUUCUGGAGAGGUGUCUCAGCCAGAUUCGACAUCACACGCCCAGUCAAAACUUUCGGUAUGGAUGUGGAGUGUCCUCCAAUCCAUAUACUUGGCAUAUAUUGGCCUUCGUUUCGUCGCGACAGGCUUAAUCCAGGUUGCAUCUAGCCCCUUGGCGACUGUUUCGCGAGCGCCAACAUCCCCCUCGUUAUCUACAGCUCCAAUCAGCACGACAAUCGAGGCGCCCUCCUCGUCGGAGAAGGCCAUAGGGAAGCGCCCCGUUCUCGAGUACAGGGUGUUUGGGAUGGUCUCGCAACUUAUUGAUGUUCCCGGCAGGAUGCCAUGGUUGGGAGGGUCGCUUGGGCUCCUCCAAUACCUGAUCCUGAUGGGACCGGGAAGGUUAGGUGACGCCGACGGCGUUCUUGAUAGAUUCCUUCACUCAACCAUCAACGAUUACUUUCUGAACCCCACUUUGUUGCCCAACCUGCUUCUCGUCAUCAGAGGUACGCUCUUCCCAGGAAAUACUCGCCCGGCCCCCGUAGCAGGAGGUGGGAGUCAACAACCGCCCACGACCGCUGCUGCCGGCGGUGCUUCUUCUUCUUCAUCUCCGCAUGUGUCUGUAUCUUGGUCAACAGAGAGCGGGCCCGGCCCCACCGCCAGCGACACGACGGCCAAGAAGAUGAAAGUGAAUAAUCACGGCGAUGGAGGCGACGGCUCUCCGGCAUCGUUGCCUGCCACUGCUACCACUGUACCUGUACCUGUACCCCUGGCAUCGAUACUACCAACUAGUCCCUCGCAGGGACAGUCCCAGCCGUCGCGCCGGCCAUCUGGGCCUGAGAUCCUCGUCAUUAAGAGACAAUGCGCCGCCAGGAUUCUAUCUUUGAUCCCUCACCCUGUUGCCCUGAGAUUGUUUGGAGCCGCAUAUGACGGUAAGAACCCUGAAGAUCAUGAAGACAAGCAAAGCAAUGAGGAGCAGCUCAAAGCUAUCGAAGAAGAUAUCCUCGAUCUCUUCGCUGACGAAUACUGCAACAAACAUCUCAUCUACUCCAUCCUCGAGACCGUCCUGGCCAAGCUCCUUCCGGAAAUGUCGGACCGGAGUGUAACCGAGUUGAUGGAGGAUAGGGGGGCAUUCCAGUAGACUCCAUUAUAGGCAACCUCUCUCGAUCGUAUGUACAUAGAAAUUAGUUAACUAGUUAACUACUACUACUACUACAUAUUACUCCGUAC